CGUGAAAGAAUAGAUCCACAUCGAGCACCUGCAGGGUCCUCUUCUCAAGCAGUUUAUAUUUACAGCAAUGUAUACACUUGUGUGAUGAAACAACGGGUUUGUUGCAUCUACAAAACUACGCAAAUAAAAUAUUCUAGCAGUGUGUGUUUGUCAAACAACGCAUGGUAAGCUUACAGUCGGCCUGUUUCCUAAUUUCUGCUUGUUUUUUUGAUAUUGCAACUCCGGGCUGGUUCACAUUUGCCCCAGAACCACCGGAACGCGGAACGCUCCAACAGUCCCCGGAGUUGUUUGAGGAUCUCGACCCGAAGUCUGCAAACAGAAGCCCGGGGAGGAAGAACCGGACACCCCGCGGGUCGGGAGCGAGUGCUGGGUGCUGCCGCUGAACGCAGGGACGGGACUGCAAGCACACAGGAGGGACCCGGGCGAGGAGAGGUUUGAGUUUUCACCUGGCACAGUCAGGACUCAACCUCAGUCAGACAGAGAGCUGUGGAGCUGUCAGAGUCCGGGCGAGAGUUUACCCGAGAGCCGCAGACAAGCCGUGCUGUGCAAACAGCAGCAACAGGGCUGAAAUAAAAACAGCGACGAGGAGGGAGGAGAGGGACCGUGUGCACAUGGGACCCAGCCGGGGGGAACAAGUGAUCAUGAGCAAAGACCUUUAGAUCCAAACCGCUAUUGCCCUGAAUGUGGAGUUCCAGUUCCACAGGGACCUCUUCUAUCCCAGGAUGCCGCUGGUCUGUUUGGUUCUGGUGUCGCUGCUGCUGGUGGCUGUUUUCAUCAUUCUCAGGUGGUUUCUGUGUCGGCUGGCUGUCCAAUUCUUUCAGAGCAAACUGAAGGCAGAUCUGCAGAUCGGGUCGCUGGGUCUGUUCUCCCUUCACAGGAUCAGCAUCAAGUUCCAGCAGCAGCAGCAGCAGCAGACUCUGGAAAUUGACAAGAUAUGGAUUUCCAAUAAACUCUUUAAUCAGGAAUUGCCUCGCUACUUUGCACUCUGCGUGGGGGAGGUGCGCGUCCGGGCCGACCUGCAGCAGGGGCUCUGUCCCCAGGAAGCCCCGCUAUCCAGAGAGGAGGCGGGCUGCCAGCAGGCUCCAGGGAAGCUGUCGGGAAGCACCCCCAUGCUGAGAACCCUGUCCCAGUGGGUCUCGCUUCAUGUUCACUCCAUCAACGUCAUGGUGCUGAAUCUCUGUGUACCAGAGUCUCUUUGGCACAUGACUGUGACCUCCAUCGCGCUGCUGCUGGACAGCGAUGGAAAGAGGCUGGGUUGUGAGUUCUCUGUCAGCCAGCUAAGCAGUAAAGUACUGAAAAGCAGCCAACUGCAGGACUCAUGCCUGGCGGAGGUGUCACUGAGCCUGGCCCUUGCUGCGGAGCUGAGCGUUCCCGAGGUGCGGCCCGUCUCCCUGGACCUCUCUGUGCGGACCCUGCAGGCAGAGCUCCACGAGGGCUUCUUCCAGAGCGAGUUGCUCCGCACGCUGACCAGCACGGAGAGGACUGACCCGCAGAACCAGAACCAGCGCCCGAGCCCGGACGAAACGGAAAACGAUUCUCAGAUGCACUCGGCUGCUUUACUAAGGUUUCAUCGCUACGUCCCGCAGAAGGUGAACGUGGAGCUGGAGAACACCAACGUGACGCUGUCCAUGAACAGUCAAAAGAGGCACCUGAACUGGACGCUGAAGUCUCUGUUGUUUCGUUACGGGCGGGAGGAGGAGCAGCUGCCACUGAAAGGGUUCACUCCCGAGAUCAGCCUGCCACAGACCAACAUGGAGUUCCUGGUGGAAGAGGGGUUGCUGCUGUCUCAGAGCCGGCAGAGGAUCCUUUGUCUGAAUUCCUUCAAAGCAGCACUGCAGGCAACCUCACUGGACGUGUCUGGGUCAGUCACUGUGAACACCUGCAUCAUUCACUACCGGCAUCAGGAGUUCUCUCAUUGGCUGAACUUGUUCCCAUGGAAACAGCUACACAAAAAACCUGUUCAGAGGAAGAGGAGGAGCUUUCCCAGGCUGGACGCUCCCAUCAUGGUUAAGACCUCAGUCUCCAAUGUAAACGUGUCUGUGCAGCUGGGUGACACUCCACCGUUUGCUGUAGGGUUCAUCUCUGCCUCUGCAGACCUGCAGCACCUCAUGGACAUCUCCACUGACGUCCAGCACCUGAAGACCCAGAGCCUGCACCAGCGAGCCACGCUGUCCGUGGACCACUUCUGGUGGCGCGUGGGGGACGGCUCUCACAUCCAGCAGGCCCCCCACCCCCCUGGGAAGCACGUCUGGGGGGAGGCGUUAGUUCUGGACUCCCUCAACCUGCAGGGACACUGCAACAAGCCCCAGCUGGAGUCGGCCAGCCAUCCCGAGACUGUGUUCCUGGACUCCAGCGUGAGAGGGCUGCAGGUGGAGGUGUCUGACACCUGCACACAGUGCCUGUCCCGCGUCCUGUCCCUGCUGUCCCGGGACCCUGGCCAGAGCUCACCAGGUCACCCCGAUCCUGAGCCGGCCCCCGUGUGUGAGGAGAACUCCGCCCCUGAGCAGCCCGGACACCCCCCGGUCCUGUGGAAGCUGGAUCUCAACCUGGAGGAUGUCAACGUGUUUGCGCUCUCUAAUGUUGCAGGUGCAUCUGCCCUGCGAGUCGAUGCGGUCACGUCCCUGUGCAGUGUAGAGAACUCCAAGGUGUCUGUGCGGGGGCUGUCCCUGGCUCUGGUGAAGUCCCUGACAGAGAACAUCCAGCCGUGCUGCAAAGCCUCCGACAGCGCGGCCCCCAUCGUGAGCCUGGCCUCCCUGGCUGUGUCGUACCACACCAGCACUUGGGCUCUGGAGAUCCAGUGCGAUCAGGAGCUGGCUGUGCAGUGGACCCCAGGAGACCACAUGUUCCUCUACCAGCACUUCCUGGAGACGCUGCACUGCGGGGAGACCUUGGCCAGCACUGUGGGGAGAAGCAGCAGGGCUGCGCUGGGUGACCAGGACCGCGACCAAGCUGACCAGGAGAAUGCAGCCCUCGCAGCUGACCAGGCGGAUCAGCCGCCAACGCUGACCCCUAAGGAGGGUCAUGCAGCUGCAGCAGCAGCCAGAAAAAAAAUCCUGAGCAUCUACCUGAAGCUGAAAUCCACCAGGCUGACCGCCUUCGUUACGGAGAAGAACUUCAUCAGCCUGCAGCUGGACAGCCUGUCCCUGGCGCGCCACGGCAGCAGCGUGGAGGCGCGGACCCCCGAGGUGGUCCUAAACUUGGAUGGCAACAACAUCUUCACCUUCAAGGAGGCGGAGGUCCGGAUGGCGUCCGAGCUGCAGGAGAUGAUGCUGCACCGGGACCAGUUCCCGAGCCUGCUGACCAAGAAGAACAGUGUCUGGGUGUUCACCUUCCCCGUCCUGUCCGUGGAGUUCCCUUACCUGUAUGACUUCUCCAGCACCAUCGACGAGGCCAUCAACGUCCAGAAGUGGCUGAAAAGCCUCCACCGCAAGCCCAGGGAGGGCCCCGAGCCCCUGCCCCCGGACCUGGUGUUCAGGGUCAGCCAGUUCUCCUUUGUGUUCCUGGACGACGUCUUCGAGAUCAAGCUGCGGGACAAUUACGAGCUGAUGAAGGACGAGAGCAAGGAGAGCGCCAAGCGGCUGCAGCUGCUGGACAAGAAGGUGUCGGACCUGCGCAAGCAGCACGGCGAGCUCCUGCCGGCCCGCAAGAUCGAGGAGCUGUACACCUCGCUGGAGAGGAAGAACAUCGAGAUCUACAUCCAGCGCUCCCGCCGGCUCUACAGCAACACGCCCAUGAGGAAGUCCCUGCUCACUUGGACCGUGUCCGACCUGGAGGUGGUGGCGCUGGCUGACCGCUCCUUCCACGGGCCCGAGCGGGUCAAGGAGCAGAUGAAUGACAUCGACCCCAUCAGCCCCCUCCCCCGCGACAGCCUGCCCCUGGUCAUCCAGUGGUGCCGGGCGGUCAAGUUCAGCCUGACCGCUUUCCUGGUGCGUAUCCGGGACUACCCUCGCUAUCUCUUCGAGAUCCGAGACUGGACCCUGUCCGGCCGGCUGAUCGGGACGGAGCAGGACGGGCACCCGCGGGCGCGGCGCAGGCAGAGGGUCCAGCUGGGGCAGCCCUGGGGGGAGGUGGUUGUGGAGAGGAACAUGCCCCCGCUCAAAUUCUACCACGACUUCCACUCGGAAAUCUCCCUGUACACCAUCGUGUGGGGCCCGUGCUGGGACCCGGCCUGGACUCUCAUUGGCCAGGCUGUGGACCUGCUGACCAAGCCCUCAGUGGACCCCAGCCCCCCGCUGGCCUGGUGGGACAAGAGCCGGCUGCUGUUCCACGGGCGCUGGGUGAUGGACAUCGACCAGGCCAACCUGCACCAGCUCGCCACAGAGGACCCGUACAACACCACAGAGAACAUGCACUGGGAGUGGAGCAAGCUGAACUACACCUGGACUCCGGGGCAGUUCCUGUUCAAAGGAGACCUGGACGUCAACGUCAGGACCGCUUCCAAGUAUGAUGACUGCUGCUUCCUGCACAUGCCCAACCUGUGCAUGACCCUGAACCUGCAGUGGCUGUGCCACGGGAACCCCCACGAUCACCACGGCGUGACCCUGUGCUCUCCGGGGUUCGCCGCUGAGGUCACCUCGGGUCAGCCCCACGACUCCUACCGGGCCUUCCGCUCAGAGAACCUCAACCUGUCCAUGACCAUGGACCUCAGCCAGCACCGGGAAGAGGUGUCCCAGCCCCAGAUCCUGCUCUACAGCUCCACGCUGCGCUGGAUGCAGAACUUCUGGGCCACCUGGACGAGCGUGUCGCGGCCCAUCUGCCGGGGGAAGCUGUUCCAGAACCUGAAGCCGAGCCGCAAGAAGCUGGGGCAGCACUACAAGCAGCUCUCCUAUACGGCAGCCUUCCCACAGCUACAGGUUCAUUACUGGGCGUCCUUUGCACAGCAGCGUGGGAUACAGGUGGAGUGCAGCAAGGGGCACGUCUUCACACGAGGAACACAGAGACUCAUCCCUCAGGCUGGCACGGUGAUGCGGCGCCUGAUCUCCGAGUGGAACGUCACUCAGAUGGUCAGUGACCUCAGCCAGGUGACCGUGCACCUCAUGGCCUCCACCUGGGACGAGACCGCUGACCACCAGCUCAACGCACAGGUCAACAAGACCCACCUGCUGAGCCUGUCCUCGCUGAGCUACCAGCGCCAGAGCAACCGCAUGGAGGAGGAGAUGAAGGAGGAGGGGAAUGGCUUCUACACCCACAAGCUGUGCCUGGUGGACCUGCGUGCCUCCUGGACCACCCCCAACCGCAACAUCGCCUUCGGGCUGUACGACGGCUACAAGAAGGCCGCGGUGCUCAAGAGGAACCUGUCCACCGAGGCGCUCAAGGGGUUAAGGAUCGACACAGAGCUCCAGGCCAAGAAACUGAAGCGCACGCUGUCCAGCUACUGCCCCACACCCACCACGACCGCCCCGGCACCCCCUGGGAGAACGGAGAAGAGCCUGGAAGGCACCUCCAUGCUGCAGAAGCUGAUAGAGGAGACCGAUAAGUUUGUCGUGUUCACGGAGGAGGACUCGGGCGUGAGUGACCAGCUGUGUGGCAUCGCAGCCUGCCAGACCGACGACGUGUACAACCGCAACUGGUUCGUCGAGCUGGUCAACUGUCAGAUGAUGCUGCGUGGCACAGAGACGGCUGGCUGCGUGCUGGUAUCGGCUGCUAAGGCUCAGCUCCUGCAGUGCCAGCACCACCCUGCCUGGUACAGCGACACGCUCAAGCAGAAGAGCACCUGGACCUGCCUCCUCGACGGGAUGCAGUACUUCGCCACCAUGGAGCCCAACCCCUCCGAGCAGGAGGACUGGCAGCUCUGGCUUGAGGUGAAGAACAUCGAGGAGCACCGGCAGCGGCACCUGGACUCGGUGCUGGAGUUGAUGGAGAGCGGGCAGGCGGUCGGGGGCAUGGUCAGCACCACCACAGACUGGAACCAGCCAGCCCAGGUAGCGCAGACCCCGCAGGUCCAGCGCAUCAUCUCACGCUGCAGCUGCCGCAUGUACUACAUCGGCUACAGCCACGACAUCGACCCCGAGCUCGCCACGCAGAUCAAACCCCCCCAGAUAGGGGACGAGCACGAGAAGGAGGACCUGCUCAAGAAACAGGAUGGAGCGGUCGAUACCUUUACUCUUAUCCACCACGACCUGGAGAUUUCAACCAAUCCGGUGCAGUACGCCAUGAUCCUGGACAUCGUCAACAACCUCCUGCUGCACGUGGAGCCCAAACGCAAGGAGCACAGUGAGAAGAAGCAGCGGGUUCGCUUCCAGCUGGAGAUCUCCAGCAACCCGGAGGAGCAGCGCAGUAGCAUCCUCCACCUGCAGGAGGCAGUGCGGCAGCACGUGGCACAGAUACGCAAGCUGGAGAAACAGAUCUACUCCAACAUGAGGUCCCUGCAGGAUGAGAGCAGGAACAAAGAGCUCUCCGAUAUAAACUUGAAACUGCAGAAUCAGCUGAACCAGGAGAAGACAGACAUGCAGAUGAAGAGCGAGGAGCUCAAUAUACUCAUCAGAUGCUUUAAGGACUUCCAGCUGCAGAGAGCCAACAAGCUGGAGCUGCGGAAGCAGCAGGAGGACGUGAGCGUGGCGCGCCGCACGGAGAUCUACUUCGCCCAGGCGCGCUGGCGACUCACGGAGGAGGACGGGCAGCUGGGCAUCGCCGAGCUGGAGCUGCAGAGGUUCAUGUACAGCAAGCUGAACAAGUCGGACGACACAGCAGAGCACUUGUUGGAGCUGGGCUGGUUCACCAUGAAUAACCUGCUCCCCAACGCCUCCUACAAGGUGGUGCUGAGGCCUCAGAGCCCCUGUCAGUCCGGACGCCAGCUCGCUUUACGCAUCUUCAGCAAAGUGAGACCCCCAGUGGGGGGGAUCUCUGUCAAGGAGCACUUCGAGGUGAACAUGGUGCCUCUCACCAUCCAGCUGAUGUACCAGUUCUUCAAGAGGAUGAUGGGGUUCUUCUUCCCCGGGCGCAACGUCGAUGAAGAGGAGGUGGGGGAUGAGGAAGACAAGUCCAAACUCGUCACCACUGGGGUGAAGCCGCGGCAGCUGAUCAGCACAGAGGAUACGGUCAGCUCGCUGGGGCCCAGCAAAGGGGUCACCCAGGGGUUAAACCGCACUGCCGGGGUCAGGAGGUCGUUCCGCAAGCCCCCUGAGCACCCGGUAGACGAUAUCGACAAGAUGAAGGAGAGAGCUGCCAUGAACAACUCCUUCAUCUACAUCAAGAUCCCACAGGUCCCGCUCUGUGUCAGCUACAAGGGGGAGAAGAGCAGCGUGGACUGGAGGGAUCUGAACCUGGUGCUGCCCUGUCUGGAGUAUCACAACAACACCUGGACCUGGCUGGACUUCGCCAUGGCGGUGAAGAGGGACAGCCGCAAGGCACUCGUCGCCCAGGUGAUUAAAGAAAAGCUGAGGCUGAAGCCGGCGUCCGGAUCCGACACGAAGGGCAAGGUGUCCGACAGCAAGACCGACACCAACCUACAGCAGCAGGAAGAGGACGAGAAGGCGCGGCUGCUGAUCGGGCUGAGCUCCUCGGACAAGACCUCCAGCAAGAAGUCCAUCUUCAGCCGGCGGAAAUGAAAAGCAAAACCAAACAAUAAAUAAGUGAACUUGGGGUGAUCGAGGAAGGGAGAAGAACGGAGAGACUGUUUGACCCAGCCAGCUCUGGAAUCUCUAACUGAUACCUCGUCAUUGUGCCCCUGAACCGUGCAUCAGGAAUAAUCUGUGUAUCGCACUGCACUGCACUGCACUGCACUGGAGCUGGGGCGCGCUGUCAGUCAUAUGUCAGAGCAGCUGCUGCUAAAACUACUGUGUGUCAAAAUCAGUUGACAGAUAACACUGGAAUCACAUUCCUGUUGAGGGAGGGGUAUGGGGGGGGGUAGAGGACUCUAAACCUCCUGUACUCUGGGCUGCCUGUCCUGCACAGAGCAGGGCUUCUUCUAUUGGGUUAUAAAUGUAACACCAGACCUGCUCAUUCAGCAAGGUGAACUGAAAUGACAAUGCCUAGAACCAUGAACAGCUAAUAUUCUAACACCUGGGUUUGUACCGCAGUAAAAAUAAUAAUAAUAAUAAUAAUAAUAAUAAUAAUACAGAAGAAAUGUGUGUAUUAAUAGAUUUAAUAUUACACAAUAAAGUAUUGUGCUGUAGUGAUAUGCUCACUGGGUUACGUAUUAACUUCCACCUUUUCAGGAUGGUCAAAACAUAUAGAUUUAAAAUAUUACUGACAUUUUUGACCGAUAUCAGGGAUAGGAAUAAGACUCCCAUUGCCUAAUAGUUUGAUCCAUUCCUGGUUUUACUAUGAGUUUAUUAAUAAGACACACCUGGGCGUGUUACCUAUACACUGUGGCUGAUCAAGCUUGUAGUAAAACCUGGAAUGGAUGAAACUGCUAUACAAUGGGAGUCAUAUUUCCAUCCCUUUAUAUUAUUAAUACAUCCUGGUGUACAUGUUAUUUCAGGUAAGGUUUGGCAGUGUGAUGUUAUAUAUAAUAUAUAUAUAUAUUUUUUUUUUUUAGGAAGGCUUGAUCUGCAUUAAUGAAUGCGCCCAGACAGAGCUGUAAAAGUGAUUUCACUGCCCAUAUCCCCGUGUGGAUAUUUCAGAUCACAGUAUUCUUCAAACCCUGUUUAAACGGUAUUGUAUCUAAGAGUUGCCUGGGAGCUCUUGCUGUCUGCUUGUCUUUUAUUUAGGAUAUAAAAACGUGAUUAACAUGUGAUAUGAGAAGGCGUGAGGCUGAGGAGAAAGAUUCAGUCUAACCUAUAGCUGGCCACGUGUUAUUGUUCGGCCCUUUGCUGAUGCAUUCUGCCUAUUGCGAUGAUAGGAGCAGGGCUAACGGUUCAAAAGAGAGACGGUGAAAUAUUCUCUGUCGCAUCACCCCAAUAUAAAUUGCUACAAUUUAUUUGAAUGCUUUUAUCUGAAGUACGCUUGUUUCUGUUAUGGUAUAGUACAACUUUUUGGUUAGAUUUGUAAUAUGUUUUGUUUUUAAUAUAAUUUAGUAUUUUUUUGUUAACCCUUUCAAGCAUGGCGACCUCAUAUGGGGACGGAUAAAAAAAUCUCUCUUCUAGUCUUUACACGGAGACACAUGGAAGACGCAAAUGCAUGAUGACCUCAUAUGAGGAGGCCAUCCCUCCCAAUUUAUAAAGCAAAUUAAAAAUGUUUAUUUUGUGUCCAAAAAUCCCCGGAAGGUUUUAGUCGAGUGCAGGGAGGUUAUUCUAGAUAGGCAUCGGGCUGUCAAAGCACCUUAUUGACUAGAAAGAUUCCCGACGUGCAAUAUUUCAAAGACGACAGCAUUUACAGAAGCCCCCUGACCCUCUUCACUGGACCCAGAUAACCGCUUGAUACAAUGUGUUGCUUAAGAGGGAGAAUGGCUUUUAACACUACAGCACUUUUUAAAGCAAAGUAUUGCCCAAUAUUUUUGUAAACAUAAUGGUUUCUUUGUGCAUUCUGUAGGUUCCGCUGAACGGGCCUGUUUGAGUACAGUUUAGCAUUGCAAAAAAAAAAAAAAAAUCAUUUGUUUGUUUGUUUGGAAUGGAUAAGGAAGGGAAAGCUGUCUGUCACCAUGCAUGUAAACCACUUUCAUCUUUGUAAAUAAACCAGUAAGUGUG